UCUACAAAUCUAAAAAUCCCUCCAGAUUAUGAUGAAUGGUCUGAUUCUCAUACUUGAGCUCUCUACAUGGGCUUGCAAAGCAGCAAGUUUGGAGGAAAAUGGCGGAGUAAUAUUUGGAACUAAAACCUCGUAUUUUCCUGUUGCUAACCAGAACACAAGUAUUCCAACACCCCCUGGUUGUUCCCCUGUAAUGUUUUGGCACCUAGCUAGACAUGGAACAAGGUAUCCGGGCAAAGACGAUAUCGAGAAUAUGAGAGAUAAUUUGUCACGUUUAAGGGAUGAGAUGAUUGCAGCCUGGAAUGAUGGGAAAGGGAACUUGAGUUCUGAAAUAAUUCUGCAACUUAAGAAUUGGACUCUUCUCCCAACACCAGAGGAUGAUAAACUUAUCACGACUUCGGGAAGAAAAGAACAUUUUGAGAUGGGUCAAAGAUGGGAAAAAAGAUUUGACAACUUUAACUUUUUUCAUCCGAAUAAAACAGAGGUGUAUACGAGUUAUAAACAGCGAUGUAUUGAGAGUGGAAAGGAGUUUAUGAAAGGUCUCUUCUCUGCAGAACUACCACUAGUGGAAGAUAAUCAUCUUCUUAGGUUUUAUGAUUAUUGCUCCCUGUACAUCAACGAGGUCGGAGAAUCAGAAACUCCAUGUCAAGAGGUUUUAAAGUUUGAAACCAUGCCAGUGUUUAAAGAGGUUGGAGACAGAACGGAGAAACAAACUGGAGUUCAAUUUUCUAAAUCAGAGCUUGAUAUACUAUGGGAUAUCUGCAGGUUUGAGGUCUCCUGGUUCCCUGGGACCUGGUCUCCCUGGUGCUCCGUCUUCUCUAUACAGGACCUUCACGUCUACGAGUUCAGAGAAGACCUGAAGUAUUAUUACGAAGAUGGGUAUGCAUAUAAUAUUACUAAACUGAUGACUCAACCUCUUUGGCAUGAUCUGAUAACAAGGUUAGAAGUUCUCCAGGAGGGUAGAUUAGCAGUAAACAAUUCAGUUCUAAUGUUCGCCCAUGCUGAAACCUUGAUGCCUUUCCUUGUAUCUCUAGGUCUGUAUCUGGAUCAGGAACCAGUAAAGGCAUCUGAUUGGCCCUUGGAGGACAGAAAAUGGAAAACCUCGGAAAUUUCCUCGUUUGGAACAAACCUAGAUGUUAUAGUGCUGCGCUGUUCUGCUUCUCAGGUGAAAGGGAAUUACGAAAACACAUCCUCUGAGGAAUUCAUGGACAAAACUGAAAAAUCUGUAGAUUUGGAAACAUCUAAAGAAUCGGAGGCGUCAACAAAAUCGGAGGAAUCUAAAGAAUCGGAGGAGUCCACAGAGUCAGAUUCUAGAGAAUCGGAGGAGUCUGAAGAAUCAGAAAAUUCUAAAAUUGACAAAAGGUCUGUAGAUUCAGAUGAAUCUACAGAAUCAGAGGAAUCUAAGGAAUUGGAGGAGUCUAAAGAAUCGAAGAAACGUAAAAAAUCGGAUGUGUCUAAAGAAUCGAAGGAGUCUAAAGAAUCAGAGGAGUCUAAAGAACCGGAGAGGUAUAAAAAAUUAGAAGAACUUGAUUUAAUUGCUGGCGAAGAACUGAAAAUUCAGAUAAUGCAUCAGGAAAAGAUAACAAUCAUUCCUGGACUCGGUGAUCUUAUUCCUCUUAGUGCAUUCAUUCAGAAGUAUAAAUAUCUGGCAGAUCUAGAUUUUGAUAAAAUAUGUGAAAACUAGAAGUUUAAACAUCUAGCGGACAUAGAUUUCAAUACAAUCUGUGAAAACUAGAAGUAUAAAUAUCUAGCAGAUAUAGAUUUCAAUACAAUCUCUGAAAACUAGAAGAAUAAAUAUCUGGCAAAUGUAGAUUUUAAUACAAUCUGUGAAAACUACCAGAUAUAGAUUUCAAUCUAAUCUGUGAAAACUAGAAGUAUAAAUAUCUGGCAUAGAUUUCAUUACAAUUUGUGAAAACUAGAAGUUUAAAUAUCUAGCAAAUAGAGAUUUCAAUACAAUCUGUGAAAACUAGAAGAAUAAAUAUCUAGCAAAUAUA